CGAUACGUCAUUUGUUUGUCGCCAUUUGCCUUGCGACAGCUGCAUGUGAAAUCGUAAUUUUCGUUUGUGGGUUUUUGUGCGCCGUGCAACGGUUCGAGGAUCUGUCCAACAGUGAUUGCUGGUCAGAUAUCAUAAUUGUGUACUUUUCUACUCGGUUUGGGUUUCUUACUUCAUCCGUUUGCCGAUUAUAAGAAUAAUCGUCUCGCAAGGAUUAUUUUUUUCUUCGACGGAUCUAAUCAUGGCCAACUAAAAAUGUCUGAACGUAAAGGGUUAUUUGUUAGCAGCAGCAGCAGCGCUCCGUUUUGUGGAGAUAUACCCUGUUCUCUUGAUCCGGAAUAUUUCCGGGCUAAAACAGCUGAUUAUCAGCUGAGUGCAUCGUUCUCGCUUGUAAUAUUAAGUGCUAGAUUUACUAAUGGAGAAAAAUCGUUUUUCGAACCAGAGCUUGCCCAAGGGGCAGAUUGCUGAUUCGAAGAAAAGUCAAGAAGCAUCGGCCAAGUGGCCCCGUCACUCCAAGCGUCGUGAACAACCUAACUUCAACGGUUCUAAAUCGGAUAAUUAUCGUAACAGCAAAGCGACAACAACUGGAAAGGCUCGUAGCCAAACAAACUUCAACUAUGAUAAACGCUCGAGGCAGCGACCGGAAGCAGUUGGAGAACUUUUUCCGGAAGCUGCAGCCUCGGCAGUUGAAUCGUUCGACCAAGACGAUGUGCAGCACGAGGGAACCGGAUUAGCGUCUUCUUCUAAUGGUGGCUUAAGCCAUGCAAGGCAUGAAUUACAUUCGGUAUUUUCACCGGGGUCGAAAAAACAAAGUUUGAAUUUUUUGUUGAACUUUCACUACGCUCCUCGCGAACGAGAUCAACCGAUGCGUUUCAGCAAGACUGGUAACAAUCGUUGUUACGUGAGGAAAACAACUUACAAUAAAGAACAAUUUCUUCAAGCCACAUGCCAAUUUGUUGUACGUGCUGACGAAGAUUACACCGAUUUUUUAGCGUCACCUGAUCAAUUGGUCGAUUGGGCGAACGUUGAACAAGUUCAUGUACUUAGCUCUGAAGAACCGCAAUGUCCGAUAUGUUUGUAUCCUCCGGUUGCUUCUAAGAUGACAAAAUGUGGUCAUGUUUUCUGCUGGCCUUGCAUCUUACACUACUUGGCCCUAUCGGACAAAACAUGGCGUAAGUGUCCAAUUUGUUAUGAUGCUAUUCAUUUGCCAGAAUUACGGAGCGCUGUAUCGAAACCAUUUCACUCAUUCGUCGUUGGUGACAUCGUAAACUUCCAACUAAUGCGGCGUAAGAAGAAUUCAAUGAAUAUUUCUAUAGUUUCGGGAAACAUUGUGGAGAAUGUUAUAAUUCCUCGCUACAACUCUUUCGCUGAAAAUACCAUUCUAACCAAGUUACUUCUUGUUGACACGACUGGAAUCUUAAACAUUAUAAAGCGAGAGCAACAAGAACUGGAAAACCAGAUAGUAAUUGAAGGCGUUGAUUGUCCUGAAAACGUAUUUGUGCAGCAAGCUCUUGACCAAUUGGAACAGCGCAAAGAAACUAUAAUGAAGAUGAAACCUAUUUCGUUUCCGAUGAGCUCGCAAAAAAUGGAAAUAUCAACGCAACCCAGGGUAAAUGCUAAACAUUCAAUCGAUGAAAAAGACACAGUUUCUACGGAAUCAACAUUGAAUGCUGCUGCGUGUGUUCAACAUUCUGAUUUUCUGAUCGACGAGGAAAGUAAUUUCUCUUUGAGCGAUAUCGACAUCGUCCCAACAGCAUCAUCUGAUUACUUCUAUUUCUAUCAAUCUACCGAUGGACAGCCGUUAUAUCUUCAUUCAAUAAACACUCGUAUGUUACAAGUUAUGUACGGAAGUUUGGAUAAAAGUCCACUGAGGUUUCGUGGCAAAAUUGUUCAUAAAGACAGUUGUUCGAUGUGUGAAGAUUUGAGAAAGAGGUUGAAAUAUUUACAACAUCUACCAGUGUGUACCCAAUUCGAAGUGGUCGAAAUCGAAAUCCAAUCGAACGUUAUUUCUCCUGAUGUUUUGGCACAAUUUAAAGAUGAGAUAAAAAACCGUCGCCAAAAUCGCCAGAAAAGGGCACGUGCAGAGCGGAUUCGUGAGAAGAAGAUAUUUGAAAUCAACGAGCGUAAGAUGGGAAAAGCACUUUCGCGGUUCGUUGACAUUGAUUCAACUAAGCAUUUUCCUGUGUGGUCGAAAGAAUUUAAUUUCCCUCUUGAACCAGCAUUGGCAGUGAACCCCUCAACCUCAACCUCAACUACAACAAAGUCAGGCUUAACUGCUUCUGGUUCUUCAUGGUCAAAGAUGUUGUCAAAUUCUACUAAUGCUUCCCGCUGGCCAUCACUGCCACCUGCUACAGCUACAGCAGAGGCAACCUCUACUUCCUUACCACAAACAUUGAUUCAGGCUAAAGAUUCAGCAACGCACUCGAAAUCAGAAGGUGAUUACAAGGAGGCCGAAUCCUUAGAGGAAUCCCAAGUCCGCUCGGAAACUAAAACUGAUUUGACCAUGGUAAUUGGAGCAGCUCUGGAAAAAGCGACGUUGAAUAGCGAUACCAAUUCGGGAGAGAAUUCCAAAACGUCUAAUAUUACCGUUGUUAACGAAACUAAACAUACCGGGACGAAGAAAAAGAAAAACAAAAAAACAUUGCUAUUGUUGUCCGGUAUGAAGUUAAAUUGAUUGAUUUUAUUUUAAAAGUUCUAUCGUUUUUACAUACCCAAAAUGCUAAAAUCAUUGAACCACACAAAUAGCAUUAUUAUUUGCAGAACAUUAUGGGCCUGAUUCUCGAAUACACUUCACAGUGGAAACGGAAUGAAACGUAUUCGCGAUGACAACGGUACGGUGUCGAUAUCUGCAUACGAGAUUAGUUUCCCACUAAACUUAUCAUUAUAAUAUCAAAUUAUCUUCAGAUGAAAUUUUUGUAUGAGAUUAUAUCACAUGAAGAAAACAAAGUUUUCCACUCACAUUGAAUACCAGUUUGAAACGAAGAAGUUAAUUUUCAUUAAUGAUUUUUUAUUUGAAAAGUGCUCAUUCUGCCUGAAAACUCAUUAUUAUCUUCGACACUUCACUAACUCGUAAAACGUAGUUCAAUGACGUGCCGUUUAUUUCGUUUCCACCGUGAAGUGUAUUCGAGAAUCAGGCCCUAUAUUUCGUCGGAAUAUUUACGCAAUAAAUGAACACUACUAUGCGAAGCAUCAUAACAUUGCUACAGCAA